AUGGCGUCUCUUACCCUCCAAUCCCUAGCAAACCCAGAUACAACCGAGCAGCGCGUCUUUGACAUCCUCAAUGACCAUCUCCGCAACUCCACCCCGGCCAGUGAGACCGCAACCGCGAUCAACGCCUGGACUCCAACCGAGGACGCAGAGGCGAUCGAAUCCUUCCUCUGGUCUGUCUGGGCGGUUUUCAUCCACAUCGCCAAACAGAUUCCCCACGAUGACGCGGCGCAGGAUCAACUGGUCGAGGUGAUCACAGCGUUGACCGCGCUACCACCAAGAACAAUCCAGAUCUGGGAUUCUGAAACCCGCCUCUGGACGGACCUCCCCAUCCUCGGACCGAGCCUGAGAGAAUCCUGGAACCAGCCAACAGCACCCGCCUACACCUCGUCCACACCCCAGGCAACAACCGAAUGGAUCAACCUCCAAGCCUUCACGGCCCGCCUGAUGAGCCGCCGCGACCCAUCACUGUCGUUGUUUGCAGUCUGGAGUCUCCGGUCGGCCCUGGAGGAGGAGUUGAAAGGGGCUGAGCGCGACGGCGAGGUUGCGGCGGCGACGAUGUGGAUGCUCUACGGCGGGCAGGCUUUGUUCGAACAAUCGAACGAUGCGGUGAAAACCGAGGAGAUGGAGCGGAUGAUGAAGCCGGGGCCGUUGUACGCUGGACAGGGCCAAUUGUGUGCGGAGAGAUGGCAGUUCUGGAACCGGCGGCUGGGGGAACUACAGGAGGAAGUGAGCGAGGAGACCAAGGGACUGAUCCAGUCGGCUCGAGAGAGGACGGCGGGACAUUGA